AGCGUGGGGCCGGGCCUGGCGGACGCUUGUUGUUGUCCGGCCGGGGAGGCGGAGGUGGCUGGCUGACUCGCCCGGGCGCUCUGUGGGGGUCAGCGGCAGGUCGGUCGCGAGGGCGGGCGCUGUGCGGGGGGGCGAGGCUAUGUUGCGGCGGCAGCCCGGACGGGCCGGCAGGGCCGGGAGUAACGGGACGUCGCCGCGGAGCUUCUUCCCCCGGAUGCAGUGCGGCCCGAGAGGAGGCCGCGGCGCCGCCCUCCGGUCCUGAGGAGCCCGCGUUACGCGGAGUCUGCCCCGCCUGCGCACCGGUAUCGACGCCGAGCGGCCCGGCCCGGCCCAGCCCGGCGUAGCCUGGUCAGCCUAACCCAGCCAGGCAGCACUAGCUCCUCUGGAGCACAGAACCUCUUCCCCAAGGACAUGAAGCUGUUGGAGAACUCGAGCUUUGAGGCCAUCAAUUCUCAGCUGACUGUGGAGACUGGAGAUGCCCACAUCAUCGGCAGGAUUGAGAGCUACUCAUGUAAGAUGGCAGGAGACGACAAACACAUGUUCAAGCAGUUCUGCCAGGAGGGCCAGCCCCAUGUGCUGGAGGCACUUUCCCCACCCCAGACUUCGGGCCUUAGCCCCAGCAGACUGAGCAAGAGCCAAGGUGGUGAGGAUGAGGGCCCCCUUAGUGACAAGUGCAGCCGCAAGACCCUCUUCUACCUGAUUGCCACACUCAACGAGUCCUUCAGACCUGACUAUGACUUCAGCACAGCCCGCAGCCAUGAGUUCAGCCGGGAGCCCAGCCUCAGUUGGGUGGUGAAUGCAGUCAACUGCAGUCUGUUCUCAGCUGUGCGAGAGGACUUCAAGGCCCUGAAGCCGCAGCUGUGGAAUGCAGUGGAUGAGGAGAUCUGCUUGGCAGAAUGUGACAUCUAUAGGUGGGCUGGCAUCCCUGCACGUGGGCCCCCCAGGUGUGUGUGGCACUUGGGGACUCAUGCCACUUCUCACCCCACACUUCCCAGCUAUAACCCAGACCUAGACUCGGAUCCCUUUGGAGAGGAUGGCAGCCUUUGGUCCUUCAACUACUUCUUCUACAACAAGCGCCUCAAGCGAAUUGUCUUCUUCAGCUGCCGCUCCAUCAGUGGCUCCACCUACACACCCUCAGAGGCAGGCAAUGAGCUGGACAUGGAACUGGGGGAGGAAGUGGAGGAAGAAGGUGGAGGCAGUGAGGGCGGGGCCGAGGACACCAGCACCAAGGAGGACAGGGUCCCAGUGAUGUGUAUGUGAUGCGGAGCAGAGGCCUCAGCUUCAUCCAGCUUCAACCAAUGCCUGGACCUGCCCACCUGAGAGGCCCCAGGGCCUCCCCAGCUGCUGGCCAGACCCUGGCGCUGCCACAGUCCCAGCGCUGCCCAAGGCCACCCCUGCCUGGCCCUUUGGCCCCAGCCUAUGGAUGUCCACUCACCCCUACAGGCUGCUGCUGCCCAUGCUGUGGCUGGACUAGACAGCACGGGGCCUGGGGGAAAGAGCGACUGCCUGCCUGCCCAAACAAACUGCCAGAGGCAGGGACAGCUGGACCACAGAGUUUAUUUUUGUAUUUUGUACUGGGCCUGCACACUCCAGCCCAAAGGGCCUAUGGCCUGAGGCCCUGCAAGCAGGCCCCAGCGGUCACCGGCUCUGGUCUUGGGCUGGCCCCUGGCGCCCACCUGUACCCCCCCACCUUGCCCGUUUGACCGCGUGCACUGAGUGUCACUUUGCUGCAGCUCAUUCGUUUCCAAUAAAAGUUUCUGUGAUUUA